UAGAGUUGGAGUCUGGACGUGUGCCUGCGCCUCAGCCAUAGCCGGCACUUUGGCGACAACCUCGGGCAUGAUGGUCUUGUCAGCGCGCAGCUGGCUCGCCAAUGAGGGAGGAAAACACUUGGUCCUGAUGCUGUGGUUGGGCGCUAACACCUGGCUGUUUGUCAAAACCUUUCUGCUGUACUCCAGUGGACAGCAGUAUCACUACCUCUACAAGAUGCUUGGGCUUGGACUGUGCAUCAGCAGAGCCUCUGCCUCUGUGCUCAAUCUGAACUGCAGUUUGGUGCUGUUGCCAAUGUGUCGCUCCCUUCUCACGUUUGUCAGAGGAACACACACGGUGUCAAGCAGAAGGACACGGCGGCUGCUGGACAAAAGCAAGACAUUCCAUGUGGCCUGUGGGGUUGCCAUCUGUAUCUUCUCCGUUAUUCACGUUUCUGCCCACCUGGUGAAUGUUGUCAACUUCAGUGGCAGCUACUCAGAAGACUUUCCUGCUCUUAACUUUGCUCGCUACAAAGGAGAGGACCCAAAGCUAAUCAUUCUAACCACAGUUCCAGGAGUCACCGGUGUUCUGUUGGUUCUCAUCCUUUUCCUGAUGUUCACAUCCUCCUCCUACUGUGUACGAAUAUACAACUAUGAGAUUUUCUGGUAUACACACAACCUUUUCAUCGUCUUCUACAUCAUCCUGAUGGUGCACAUGGCGGGAGGAGCAUUAAAAUAUCAGACCAACAUAGAGGCCCACCCCCCUGGCUGCUUACGAGCCAAUCAGAGUAGCGCGGAGCAACAAGGGGAGGAGCUGGAGCAACGUGAAGAAGAGGAGAGGCAAUGCAGGGAGGAGGCUCACUUCCAGCCCCACUAUCCCCAGACAUGGAUCUGGGUGUCCGGUCCUCUGUGUUUCUACUGUGCGGAGCGUCUCUACCGCUACAUCAGAAGCAGCAAACCCGUUACCAUAACGACUGUCAUCAGGCACCCGUGUGAUGUCAUUGAGUUGGGGAUGUUGAAGAAGAACUUUAAAGCUCGUCCUGGGCAAUAUGUUGUUCUCAACUGUCCCAGUGUGUCUUCUUUUGAGAACCAUCCUUUCACACUAACGGCGUGUCCCACAGAGAACAAGGAAACUUUUGGCAUCCAUCUUCGGGUUGUGGGAGACUGGACUGAGCGUUUCACGCAGCUGUUACUUCCUGACUUGAGGAGAGACUUGGACAUCCUCCCUGUGGUGCAUCAGAGGAGAUACCCCAAGCUGUAUGUGGACGGUCCAUUCGGAAGUCCCUCAGAGGAAGUGUUCAACUACGAUGUCAGCCUUUGUGUUGCCGGUGGAAUAGGAGUCACGCCGUUUGCCUGUGUGCUGCAUGCUCUGCUUGACGGCUGGAAGGGGUUCAGGUUGAAGAGGCUGUAUUUCGUGUGGGUCUGCAGGGAGCUCCAGUCCUUCUACUGGUUUGCUGAGCUGCUGUGUGCCGUACAUCAUAAGCUAUGGCAUGAGAACAGACCGGACUACUUCAACUUGAAGCUUUAUGUCAGUCAGGCAGACAACCUGCAGUGUAUAUCUGAGGAGAAGUAUCGACCACUUGCUUCAAGGCUGCUCGUUGGUCGACCCAGGUGGAAGUUACUUUUAGAUGACAUUGGAAGGACAAACAGGCAUAAGCGAGUGGGUGUGUUUUGCUGUGGACCUAAAGGCAUCUCCAGGACUCUACACAGACUAUGUAACUCUGCUCACUUCCCUGGAACCACUUUUGAAUUUAACAAGGAAUCUUUCAGCUGAUUGCAGCAAGGAAAGCAUGGCGGCUGGAUUGGAUGUAUUCACAUGUUGGACAAUGGACUAAUGUCAUUGGAAUUACAUGGCUAGAUGAAAUAUAGCCAGUGUUUGCGACUCUAAACUAUUUACAGACUGAUUGUACUACUUGUUAUUCCUGUUGAGAUGAUCAGAACAGCAGUGGGCUGUGAAAGUUCACCAGUAAAUGAGGAGUGGAUCCCACUGGACGCCACCUCAUGGAAGAUGCUCUUCUUUUUGGAAGCUGCCAUUGGAUUUUGCUCUUCACUUUUGACUAUUGACAUGCGUACCUCAACACCAGUGUCAAAAUAUGGGAGUUAAUCGCUCAGUGGAACAGUGUUGACUUUUUCUGACAUGAAGAAGAAUAAUCCUUUAUCCUAACACAAGGGGAAAUUCUGCUUUUACUUUUUACAUGCAUCUCCACACUGUAUGUGUCAUACUGUACGUUGGACAAUACAGAAGGAAACUGACUGAACUGUACCAAAACCUUUACACAUUAGUUCUUGUAUGCAUUAUUUAUUUUAACUGUAUUUUGCAUCAGUUGAUUUACAGUCUUACGAAAAGAGGGCACUGAAUUUCAUAUUGAUGACAAUUGCCGCAUUUCUUCAAGCAAAAAUUUCUACAUACACUUGACAAAAAUAUAAACGUGACAGUUGUUUUUGCCCCCAACUUUCAUGAGCUGAGCUCAAAGAUCUGACGUCUAAAACCUUUUCUAUUAACCCAAAAUAUCUCAAAUAUUGUUACAAUACUGCCUAAAUCUGUGUUAGUGAGCACUUUUUUUUAAUAUUUACUGUACUUCAUAUACCUCACAGGUUAUGUGCCUUAGGCUGGCCACAAUAAAAGGUCACAAAAUGUGCAGUUUUACUCUUUUGGGGGCGUCCAGGUUGGUCAGAAAAUCAGUCAGCAUCUGGUGUGGCCACCAUUUACUGUAUCUCACGUAGUUCAACACAUCUAAUUCCCGAAGUUCACAGGUGUCAAACUCAAGGCCCGGGGGCCAGAUGUGGCCCGUGAAAGCCUGGAAAUAAUGUGUGUCAAUUAUGCACUCCACCUUUUUCCUUCUAAAUGUAUUUAUGCCUUCAUUUUGACAGAAAAAUUGUACGGCGUGCGGUUUUUAAGAUAUUCCGAGCAGUUUUUGCUUCUCAUUUCAAAGCACGUUAUUCAUCAACUUGUUAGUAAAGAUAUAAUCAUCAAAAUGCAUGGCCAACUGUGUAAUAAUAUUAUGAGGUUAUAUUCAUAUUUACAGUAUACUCGUAUAUAUUGACAGAUACAAGUGGCCCUCUCAGGGCAGCCAUCACUGUGAUGUGGCCCUCAAUUUAAAACAAGUUUGACAGCCCUGCCGUAGUUGGUCAGGCUGUCGAUCGAGACGUGUGGAAUGCUCGUCCACUCCUCUUCAAUGAGCAUCCCAAACACGCGUGUGCUGGCCAUGCAAGAACUGGGAGAGCUUCCAGGGAUUGUUUACGUGUGCAUUGUCGUUCUGCAACAUGAGGUGAUGGUCGUGGAUGGGCAAAAAAAAGUGUUGCGUUUAUAUUUUUGUUGCAUGAUGGUUGUUUUGAAGGGUGUGAGCAUUCGCAAUGUGUGUAGUUUGUACUUCUUUCCAAACAGAAGGACCACAGGCAACUGAAGUUGGAUCGGAUCAGAUUUUAAUGCAGCAACUCAGGCACAUGAGUUAGUGAAAGAUCACAUGCAUUACUAUGAUCCUUUAGCACCAGUGCUACCACCAAGUGUUGGAGCUUCGGUCAGUAUAAUAAAUUAUAUCAUUAAUUAUACAUUUUCUGAUCAUUAAAACCCACUGAUGAGUGUUAAUACUCCGUAUGCAUCAUCCAAGGUGGGCUGUCUCACUUUAUUAAAACGUCUCUGGAGCUUUAUGAAAGACGUUUGGCAGUGUGGGUGUGUAUGUGGCAUACAGUACAUCAGUUGUGUUUUCUGCUGAACGCUUAAUAUAUGGGGGACAUAUUCCUGAAUUUCCCACGCUGUCAAGUCAUGAAGGUUAGUGCAUCCAAAUUGUCAAAUACACACUAUCUUGUGUGAAAGAUAUCUUCUGUAUACUUUUU